UGUUGAAUCCAAUUUUUUUUUUUUUGAACGGCAGAAAAUAUUGUUGAACACAUGAACCCGUGCUCUGUCCGUAAGAAAUCACGAUUACACACGCUUAAGGCAGCAGAGAUCCAUUUCUCAAAGCUUCCACUGUGCUCCACGCAACCUCACCCAAAACUCCUCACAAAAUUUUGAAAGCAUAAUUCCACGGUUUCCACCCCUCCUAAGAAUCUUCCCCAAGAAUCAUCAACAUCACCUCUCUCUCUCUCUCUCUCUCUCUCUCUCUCUCACACACACACACACACACACACACACACACACGCAUUUCCAAACCCCAAACCAAGAUCCAAUCAAGAUCAAGAAACAGAGAGAAUCCAAUCCGAGUUCCAACCAUGGCGAAUCCCAAUUCUUCAACCCCCUUCUUCGACUUCCCAGAAGACGUCCAGCUCUGCAUCCUCUCCUUCCUCACCCCCUCCGAGAUAUCCGCCUUCGCCGCCACCUCCAAGCCCUCCCUCUCCCUCUGCCGCCACCUCUCUCCCAAGCUCUGGUUCUCCCUCUGCCACCGCCGCUGGUCCUCCAAAACCCUCAUCCAUAAAUGGUCCCACCGCAACAAAAUCCCCUUCAAGCACCUCUACCAAACCCUGGACGCCUACGACCAGCUCAUCGGCUUCUGGCGCCGCAGUGGCACCGCCGGCGCCAAAACCCUAGUCCACUCCCCCCCGCCGCCCCCCCUCGUGUUCUUCGAGUGGGGGCCCUCGUUCGUAGCAGGUUCUAGGGUUUCGCCAUGUAAAACACCUGGUUUGUAUCACGUAAUUAAAUCUCCGUUUAUUUGGUUAGGUAUUGGGGCUAAUGGUGAGCCAGUGAGUUUCGUUGAUCCGGAGUGUAAGUUGGAAUUGUGUGAUGAUUUGGAAAGAUUGCUAGACAAUGAUGAGUUGGUGCCGGUUAGUGUUAGUUUUAUGGGGAGUGGUCAUGUGGUUGUGGAGGAGAAUGCGAACUUUUCGUAUUCAAAUUCUCCGGAGGGGGGGAGGAUUAGGAGGGUUUCGAGUUCGGGGAAUUUGAGGGGGGAGGAGUGUGGGGUUGUUGUGGAGGAUGUGAGUGGGUCGCCCGGGAGCUUACCGGAUCGGUUGGUGUCGGAGAUUUAUCAGCACUUUGCGAAUAGGACGAGUCCGGGAGGGGAGAGGGCGUCGAGGAGGCAGAGGAGGAGGGAGAAGGAGAGGCAGGGGAGGAGGAGGAAGUGGGAGCCGGAGCAUUUCGUGAAGAUUGUUAAUUGCUCGCCUACGCGGUUGAGGCCUUUGCAAGGAUUAUGGAAGCUGCUGAUACUGAAACAUGGUGGCGUGAAGGGAUCUCUCACUAAAGCUCAUAUGAUGCUUUCACCUGUUUCUUGCUGCAGGGUAUUUGUGAUGAUAUGAACCUGGAUUUUUAUCUUGUUUCAUAUGAUGACAUUGGGGGCAUUGCAUGCCGAAGGGUUGGAGACUCGUCUCAUCUGUUUGCCGAAUAUUCCCCAGUCUUUUGGACAUCAAACACUACAUUCAUUGAAUCUCCAUUUUCUGCUGAAGAAGAAUAUAUAUAUGAUAGUCGCAUACAUCUCCGACCACCUGAAGCAACAGAUUCCAUUCAUGGGCAACUGCCUUGGAUGGAAAAUCAAGUGGUCUCUCGUAUUCUUGAUAUCAAUUCAAGUUAUGAUCUAGUAAUUCCAAACCUGGCUGGAGCUUCUGCGAAUCCUCGGCAGGUGCAGGGAAGAAUAUGGCUGUAUGGGAAUGGGUCAUUUGGGUUUGGGUUUCUCCGGAACAAUUACAUUAUAGACCUGAAGCAUAUUUCUCAAAAUGGUUGUAUUCUUGAUACUAUGGAACUUUGUAAUGACUGAUAUCCUUGGGAUCAUCUCUGUGUACAAAAUUCCUUGUAGCUAGAUGUUAUUUAUGUGGUGUGGAACUUUGUAACAUAUUUACACGAGUAAUGAAAUAAUUAUUCCUUGAGUGGACUUCAUUUUUA